AUGAGAGUUCCUUACAUAGCAUGUUUGGGUUCAGACAAGAUGAGAUAUCUAUUCAAGAUGUGUUUAAGUUUAGUCCUCCUUCUCAGCAGCUUCUUCUACAAGAAAAUUUUAGCUGCAAUGUAAAAUGGAAAGUUAUGGGUAUUGACUCGUAGAAAUAAGGUGAUAGGUAAGCUGAACUUAGAGAACAAAGAUGAUAGACAGCCAGAGGUAGACGAUGACAUCUUAAAACGCAAGAACAUCAAGAAGAUAUUCGUCGACUAAAAGGGCAUACAUUGCUUCUUCCUGGCUGAGCACGAAAUUUUCUAUAAUCAUUGGACUAGCAAUAAAGUCUUUCUAGUAAAUACAACUCCUAGCGGCGGAGGAGGAAAGUAUGACAUGCAUAGUGCUUAAUCUCAGCCCAAAGCUUUUAAAUCUAUAGACCUGCAGUAUGUGAGUAUGUCAGAUCUAAAUUUGUUUGAGAUCUUGCUUGGAACUGAAGACGGGUAGAUGUUCCAUGCAUGUUUGUAGUACUCACCCAAGCAGCUGGAAAUUAUUGACCCAUUUGUAAUGGUAAUGGACACCUAGGAGUACAGACCAAUCUACGAUAUAAAGCUGGCAAAGAUCCUGGAACGCUAGAUUAUCCUUGCAAUCACAGAUACUUCUCUGCAUCAAUUCGUAUCAGAAAGCAACAUCAAGAAGACUUUCUAGGAGCAUCAGGCAAAUGACAAUAGGCUUAUGAAGGAGAGAACCCUUAGACUAGAUGCAAGUUCUUAGGGCAAAACUACUAUUUAAGAUGAUGGUGAAGACAUCAUAUACAAUCAGUUGAAACUUUAUAUUGAUCAGCAAAAAAAUCAAAUCUCUGGGUUCGGCUGGAUGAACGAGUAUUGUUUUUGCUAUGCUUCAUUCAACAUAAUGAUGGCUGAAUUCAUUAUUAAGCAAAAGAGUUUAUCAAUGAUUAAGUACAUUAAGAAGGACUCAGACACUCCAGUUGAGAAUCAGCUGCCUAACUCGUUUGCACUCACUUAGUUCCACAUAAUUUUUAUGUAUCCUAAAAACAUCACAGUGCUCAGCAAGAUUUCAAAUGAGAUUGUAUUCAGCAGAAAUUUUGAUACUAUUGAUCUUCAAGGCAUCAGUGUUGAUAUGACUUUCAACAGAAUAUUGCUUUACCCAAAACUGACUCCAGUGAUGAUAGCUUACUUGAAAGGAGAAGAUCAAGAUGCUUGGAAGUAUUACCUUAAAAGAGGUCUGAUCAAGGAUGCUCUUAAUAAUUGCAAGAACUCCUCUUAGAGAGCUUACGUUGCUGGCAUUUAUGCAGAUUAGCUAUUUUCAAAAGAGAGAUACGAGCAAGCAGCUGACUACUACUCUCAGUCUGAAAAGACAUUCGAGGAAGUAACUCUUAAAUUCCUGAAGGCAAACCUCUACACUUACCUCGAAAUAUAUUUGCAAAAGAUAUACGAGAAACUAGACAAAAACAGAGAAGAUUUAAAGCCAUAGAGGAUGCUGUUGUGCACCUGGAUAGUUGAACUUAAGCUUAAUGAGAUAAAUAACUGUCAGGCUUAGCUUGAAGUAGUUAGAGUAAGUAUAUCGAAUUUAUUGGAAGGCAAAGAUAAAGAAGAGUUAAAGUUCUCAUAAGAAGCACUGCUUUUGCUUAAGAAUGGUUUUCAUGAAUUCCUAAUGAAAAAUGCUCAGGACAUAGAUCAAGACACUAUCUUUUAGCUUCUGCAAUCUCAUGGAAGAAUCGAUGAGUGCAUUAAAUUCGCUGAAGAUGUGUAGAGCUACGAGACAGUGAUAGUACAUUACAUAAACAAGCAAGAAUAUAGUCUAGCAUUGGAGAAAGUGCAAACCAUCUCAGAUGAAAAAACUAAAAACUCAAUCAUGCUUAGAUACGCCUCAGUAUUCAUUAAGAAUCUGCCUGUCAAAGCGAUUGAAGUACUUAAGACCUUCAAAACCAUUGACAUACCAAAGUUAAUACCAGCUUUUAUGAAUGUAUCUAAGGGUAAACCAAUGGAUGAGGCACUUCAAUAUGUGAUAGAGUUUUGCAUAAAGAGAAGAAAGAGCAGAGAAAAGACUGUCCACAAUCUUGCCUUUUACUUCUAUGCUGAAAGAGACAGACCAGAUGAACUGCUUUCCUAUUUAAAACAAGAAGAGAUGAAAAAGAUAGAGGGUCAUGCCUUAUUCUUUGAAAUCGACUAUGCACUGAAUGUCUGCAAGCAAAAAGAGCGUGAGUUCUAGGAAAGAUUAGAACAAUCUCGCAAAGAAAAAAAGCUCAGUGAAAAGGAGGAGGAAAAUGUGCGUCAAAUGUACCGAAAGAUGAAAAAAGCUUAAAUUAUACUCUAUGCUAUCUUAGGUCUGCACGAUAAAGCAGUCAAGCUGGCUUUGGAGAUUGAUGACAUUGAAAUGGCCAAGGACUACGCAAACAAACCUGCUGAUAAGAAGGUGCAGAAGAAACUAUGGAUGAAAAUUGCUAAAAAGCUAUUUAAUUAUAAGAGCAAGAAGGUAUCUACAGCUGCAGCUAGCGCUCUCAGUGGGUCAACUACUAGUUUGCUUCUUAAAAAUACUAAGUAUCAAAGCAAAGAUCUUAACUCUUUACUGUCAAAGGGAUCAGUUGAUGUUACUGAAGCACUAAGAAUCCUGCAGGAUAGCAUUUUGAAGAUAGACGAUUUGCUGCCUCUGUUCCCAGAAGAAGCUAAAGUCGAGGAUAUGAAACAGCAUUUGUGUAAAUGCCUUGAUGACUAUAACAAUAAGAUCUAGGACUUGAAGCAGCAACUAGAAGAGCACUCAAAGAAUGCAGAAAUACUUAGAAAGCAGCAGAGGAAGCAGAGACACAAGCAUAUCACGAUUAACCCAAGUCAAAUGUGCGAUAUCUGCUUUACCAGCAUAUUCAAGAAGGAGUUCUAUGUAUUCCCCUGCCUUCAUGCCUUCCACAGAGAAUGUGUUUAUAAGUAUAUCAAGAAUUACGAGACUAAAGAUCCUAAAGUUAGAGUUAACAUAGAGAAGAUCAAGAGUCUAUUUGCUGAAAUAGAGAACAUCAAAUAAAAAGCAGUAUUUAUUCAAAGUGCUGCUUCAGGUGGUUCUAUGUUUGGAGGCAACUUCGGACUGGGUGGAGCAGCUGGAGGUAUGUUCGGAGGGCCAGAUGAUGAAAUGAAGAAAUCAUUGAUCUCUGACAUCAGAAAUUACUUCACUAAGUCUGUCAGAGGUGGCAUGGUGACUGGAAUUAGCACCUAGAACACUCAGAUGCUGUAAUAAAAGGACUAGGAGGACAUCAGACGCAUUUUCAACAAAAUAGAUGAGAUUCUAACUAGAGAAUGCUUCUAUUGCGGUUCAAUUCUAAUUGACAUGAUUGACAAUGAUGUCAUUGCCACAGGUCAGGACAUGGGUAGAGAUUAUGAGUUCUUUAACCAAGAGGAAGUGGCCUAGAUUGCAAGCAUUGGAGAAGAAGAAUGGAAAAUCAAAUGA